UUUUCUGUGAUCACCUCUCUGCAAUCAAUAAGCUCCUUGUUCCGCGAUCCACGAAUAAAACUUCACAAUGCUUCAGCUCUUAAGAACACGGGUUGUUCAUCUGCGUUUGUUAUUCAACUUUGGAAGCCUCGUAUAAAUCAAGGGCAUGGAUUCUUCUUCUGAUCACUCUCCUGCUUCAUCACUUCAUUCUCCAGGAGAAGUUCAAAACGUUAAGUUCUGUCAGUGGUGUGGUGGUCCAACAAAGCAUGAAAUACCUGAGGGAGAAGAAAGGUUGAGAGCUAUAUGUACAAGUUGUGGGAAGAUUGCCUAUCAGAAUCCAAAAAUGGUAGUUGGUUGCCUCAUUGAACAUGAUAACAAAGUGCUUCUCUGCAAGCGGAAGAUUGAACCAUCUUAUGGCCUAUGGACGCUUCCUGCUGGUUAUUUGGAAAUUGGAGAGUCAGCCAUGGAAGGUGCUAUUAGGGAAACUAGGGAGGAAGCCAAUGCUGAAGUGGAAGUGAUUUCUCCCUUUGCUCAAUUGGAUAUUCCUUUAAUUGGUCAAACAUAUAUAAUCUUCUUAGCAAGGCUAAAGAAGCCCCACUUUUCACCUGGUCCAGAAUCAUCAGAAUGUCAGCUUUUCUCACUCAAUGAAAUACCUUUCAGUUCUUUAUCUUUUUCAUCAAUGGUGGUUACUUUAAGUUUGUAUGUUGAGGAUAUGAAAGCAGGAGGAAAACCAAAAUUCCAUUAUGGUACCAUUAACAAAAGGCCUGGUACUGGUGCUUCUGAUAUUCAUGCCUAUACAUUGGAUGAUCAUAUGAAAUCAUGAGCCAUGACAUGCUGAUUGUAGGUGGAAGAUAUUUGUUGAUACUAUGGAUGUCUGGAGAUUGUAGGUGGAAGAUAUUUGUUGAGUCUUUCAGAGAGCCUGUUACAAGUAUUUGGCAUCAGAUUCUAGAAUCCAAUCAAUUGAUUUUAAAUCAGCACUACUCGCAUAUAAGAUUAUGACUUAAAACUCACCAUUGUUACAAGAAAGACAGUUUGUUCUAAUUAACAUUUUGUUUUUUCAUUCAAAGCUUUUGAUGCAAGAAAGACUUUAUGGUACCAUCUUUAAGUUUAGAAAGACAAUUGUUACAAUGUUGUAAUUCAUUGAAACAACCCCUCCUCUUUACUUAUGUUAUUAUAUCAUAACCAAAUUAUUGUACAUUGUUAAUACAAAUCCUUUUGAAGAAUA